AUGACCCGCCCCGAUUCUCAAGACCCCACCCUAUGCCCCACCCUCUCGUCCUCGUCGACGUCGUCCCUGGAACCCUCUAGUGACAGCAUCGCCGACUGGAUCGCCCCGGCAGCACCCGUCGUCCAUCCUCGCGCCCUACGGGACCAGGAUGCCGCUGCCGCUGCCAUGGUCGCCGGUGGCGCGAGCGAUUCGGCAGAGGAGAGUAGCGGGUACGAGGAAGAAGACGUCGCGGUCCCACGAACGAGAGCGAGGAUCCACCGGCCGUCUUCAACAUACAAGAGGAUCUCGUCAGCCACGGAUGACGAAUCGACGCGGGAUCUUUGGCUGAGGAUGGUUGAGCUUCAGCAACGCUUCGGGUGCUAUACCUCUGCGAGAAUGAGAGCUGCGGCAUCUUCAGACGGCGCUGUGGACUUUAUGCGUAUGAUCUAUCCAUCUCGGGCGUGCCUAGAUCUCUUGAACGAGAGUCUCACCACUGUCGACCUACCACCGGAAGGGUGGAGGAUACUUGGAAAGUUUGUAACCGACGAGCCCGAGGACAGCCCGAGGAUACGCAAGAACCGAUGGAGGCUUUGGAAGAGCUAG